AUGACAAGUAACGAGCAGGAUGCUUUGCUUUCGUCGUUAAUGCAAACUGUGAGGUCCUCCAGUGCUUUAGCUGCUCAGGAUAUUGAUUUCUACAGAAGUCUUGAUAGUGAUGUAAACAGCUCACUACAAGAUACCUCUUCUAAAAUGCUAUCCCUAAUCAACGAAGUUUUACUGUCGAUUGAUCCCAACAAUGAUACUAUAGAAGAGGGAAAAGAUGAGUUCCUUGACUCCUGGAAGUCUAUAAGUAAUAUCAUGGAUAACCUAUUUGAAAAGUCUGACCAUGCAUUGGAUAAUAUCAAAAACAAAACCAGCAACAGUGCUACAGAUUCUGGUUUCAAAUACCUAAAUGAUGAUGAUCGUUCCAAUUCCAAUCCAUCUAAGAGACUUGCGAAACCUCAACUUGAUUUCAAGAUACCUGUGGAUAACACUGAGUUACAUCCAUUCAAACCUCUAUUGAAAGAGAAACCAAAUAGUCUUAAACCACUAGAGCUCUCCUUGAAAAUGCUCCCAGAAGAAGAGAAUAUUCCAGCACACUAUCCAAAUCCUUAUGAAUAUGAGAUAGAAAACCAAAAAUAUGAUGAUUCUAUUCUUGUUCCACGAGAACCAAUCCCAUCAAGAGAUUGGGAUAACACAACCGCUAUAUGGGUCGAUACUGUAGAAGAGCUCACUAAGAUGAUAGAAGUUUUAAAGAAGUCUAAAGAAAUUGCUAUUGAUUUAGAACAUCAUGAUUAUCGUUCAUAUUACGGUAUAGUAUGUUUGAUGCAGAUUAGUGAUAGAGAGAAUGAUUGGAUUGUUGAUACCAUUGCUCUAAGAGAUGACCUUAAGGUAUUGAACGAAAUUUUCACUGACCCUGGCGUAGUAAAAGUUCUACACGGUGCGUUCAUGGAUAUUAUAUGGCUACAGCGUGACCUAGGAUUAUAUAUUGUUGGGCUAUUUGAUACAUACCAUGCUUCUCGUUUGUUAGGAUUCCCUAAACAUAGUUUGGCUUACCUAUUGGAAAGAUUUGCGAACUUCAAAACAUCAAAGAAGUACCAAUUAGCAGACUGGAGAAUUAGACCACUAUCAAAACCCAUGUUUGCAUACGCUAGAGCAGAUACUCAUUUCCUUCUCAAUAUUUUUGAUCAACUAAGAAAUAUGCUUCUGGAACAAAACAAAAUGUCAGAAGUUCUACACGAAUCUAGGAAAGUGGCUAAAAGAAGAUUUGAGUACAGUUCUUUUAGACCGAAAAUUGGCUCUCAGAAUGUUUACUCUCCGAUCGAAAGUGCAGAGCCAUGGAGAAAUCUCAUGUUCCAAUAUAACAUUCCUCCAUCAAAAGAACAACUUUUGCGUAAACUUUAUGAGUGGAGAGACAUGAUUGCCAGAAGGGAUGACGAAUCACCACGUUAUGUUAUGCCAAACCAACUUCUUGUUUCACUAGUAGCUGGGACACCAACAGAGCCUAUCAACGUACUAUCAGUUAGUUCUUACGUGUCCGAGCACGUCAGAAUGAAUUCAAAGGCCAUUGCCAACCUCAUCAAGAAAACUUUGGAAGAUAUGAAACAAGGUACCAGUGGAAAGAAAAACCCAUUAUCUGUUCCAUCUAUAUCUGAAGAGGGCGACAAAGAUUUAAGUGAAAUUCUCACAAUAUCACAGAUAAAAUCGAUACAGAAUAUGUUUAAUUCUGUGGCGAAGCAAAUAAAUGCAGGAAGUUCAGAGUCUAACGUUGACAUCAAUGUUCCCUCAUUACUAUUCAAUGGUGUCCCAAAUGCGGAAUAUAAUUCGGCUGUUGUUUACACUUCAAAGGGUAAAACUGUGGUGACAAAGGACGAGCUCUCAAAGCGUCAAAAACUAAUUACAGAUACAUUAGAACAGGAAUAUACCGAAAAGCACACUCAAAGCAUUCAAAUACCGUCUCUCCAAACCUCUGAGACCACUGAAACGACAACUGAACAUCCUUCUAAUGAGAUUGAAGAGCAGCCUGAAGAAACUCAAGAACAAGAAGAUAAGGAUGAAAUUGUUACGUUGAGGAAAAGACAAGCCCAGAAUGCGAAGAAAAGAAAAGCCGUUGAGCUACCUUCUGAUUCUGAAAUCGUUGAUUACACAUCAGGCGAAAACCUCUUGGUUUCAAAUAGAAAGAAUACGGAUCACGAAAAGAACAAGAAAAGAAAAUUCGACCCGUAUUCCAUUGAAAACACUGGCCCUAAGGCUAUCAAGAAGAAGGCAAAGCCAACCAAGGGUAAAAACGUAUCAUUCAAACGUUAA